AUGCUCGGAGCAGCAUGGACAACCGUCUCGCGAGAAGCUGAGAUAUCCCUUGAAAAUAUGAACGGCGGUUCAGCACUAAACUACCUGCUUCUUGGACUGGUCAAUAUCUUCUGGGUGCCAAUUGGGAUGAAACUUGGCCGUCGCCCUGUCUUUCUAAUCACGACAACCAUCUGCAUGUUGACUGCUGCCUGGCUGGGCUAUGUUCACGGAACGGCUCAGUGGAUGACCAACCUGGCCAUCAACGGGUUUGGAGUUGCUGCAUACCAGGCAGUCAUCCAACUGAGUGUUUUCGACAUGUUCUUUGCCCAUCAAAGAGGGAGGACUUUAUCCUUUUAUCUCUUUGGCCAGCAGCUCGGCUCUAUUCUGGGUAUUGUUUCUUUCACCCUCCGUGGACAAUCAGUCUGA